AUGGAGCCUCUUGUCUCCUUGCCUACACUGCGUUGGACGGGGAAGGUUGGCGAUGCGUCGCGGUUCCGGGUCUGGGGCUCUCGUGCCUUUGUCCGCGAUACCAUCGCGGACAAGCUCUCCUCCCGCACCAUUCCCUGUGUCUUCCUUGGCUUCCCUCCUGACGCGCCUGGCUGGCAGUUUUACCACCCCACCUCGCGCCGUGUCCUGCCCUCUCAGGACGUCACGUUUGACGAGUCGGUUCCCUUCUACCGUCUCUUCCCCUACCGCUCUGCCCCUCUCCCCCCUCCGCCGCUCUUCCUCGCUCCAGGUCCCCCUCCGGUAGACCCCCUCCCUCCACAGGGUCCUGCUCCUUUAGGCGUCUCUCAGGUAGACCCACUUCCCUUAGCUGAGCCUGUCGAGGUCACUGGUGACUCUGGUGCUGCUCGGGGUACUGCGUGUGGGGGUGCUGAGCCUGAGCGUGCGGAGCCUGGGGGUGCUGAGCCUGAGAGUGCGGGGUUAGGGAGUGCUGAGCCUGGGCGUGCGGAGCAUGGGGGUGCUGAGCCUGUGCGUGCAGAUCCUGUGGGUGCUGCGCCUGGGGUUGCUGCGCCUGGGGGUGCUGAGCCUGGGGUACUAAGCCUGGGGGUGCUAUGUCUGCUGGUUGUCCUCCGGGCACCUCGCCGCAGCGGUCUAGCCAGCGAGAGCCUCUCUCGCCCCAGCAGUUGCGCGAGUGGUUUGCUCGGCGCACCCGCCUUCGGAGUCGCGCUGCUGGAGCUGGAGGCACAGAAGCUGCAGGCACUGGCGCUGGAGGCGCUGGAGCUGGAGGUGCUGGAGCUGCUGGAGACACUAGAGCUGGAGGUGCUGAAGCUGGAGGCACUGGGGCUGGAGGCGCUGGAGCUGGAGGCACUGGCGCUGGAGGCACUGGAGCUGGAGGCGCUGGCGCUGGAGGCGCUGGAGCUGGAGGCACUGGAGCUGGAGACGCUGGAGCUGGAGGCGCUGGAGCUGGAGGCCCUGGAGCUGGAGGCGCUGAUGCUUGAGUUGCUAGUCCUGGAGGCACUAGUGCUGGAGGCACUGUGGAGCCUCUCUCCCCACAACAGCUGUGCGAGUGGUUCGCUCGGCGCACCCGCCUUAGGAGUUGCGCUGCUGCAGCUGGAGGCGCUGGAGCUGGAGGCACUGGCGCUGGAGGCGCUGGAGCUGGAGGCACUGGCGCUGGAGGCACUGGAGCUGGAGGCGCUGGCGCUGGAGGCGCUGGAGCUGGAGGCACUGGACCUGGCGUUGCUGGAGCUGGAGGCGCUGGCACUGGAGGCGCUGGAGCUGGAGGCGCUGGAGCUGGAGGUGCUGGCGCUGGAGGCACUGCAAAUGGAGACGCUGGAGCUGGAGGCGCUGGAGCUGGAGGUGCUGGCGCUGGAGGUGCUGGAGCUGGAGGCGCUGGAGCUGGAGGUGCUGGCGCUGGAGGCACUGGAGCUGGAGACGCUGGAGCUGGAGGCGCUGGAGCUGGUGGCGCUGGAGCUGGAGCUUGUAGCGGUGGAGCCAAAGGUGCUGGCGCUAGAGACCCUGGAGCUGGAGGCACUGGUGAUCUGGGCACAUCUUCCUUCGUCCACUGCCCUUCCUCCGGACUCACCGCUGCCUGCCCCGCCUCUUUACACUGAGCAGCCAGCCUCCCUUACAGAGCGUCGUGAGCCUGCGUCUCGUCCUGCCUCCCCUGUUCGCACUGUUCGUCGUGCUCGUCGUGUCCCUCGUCCGCAGCCUCCUCCUAUGCCAGGUACUCACACUAUGACACUUCGUCCUUCCUCUGUUCCACAGCGUGUCCCUCUGCUGUCUCCUCCUGCGUCCUCUCUUCCUGACGUUCCUGACCCUGAGUCUGACUUGGUCCGUGCUGCCAGUCCCACUAUCACGCAUCUCCUGGCCAUAGUCAACACUGACCCGUCGUUUGAGUCUUCUGCCACGUCUGCCUUAGUUGUUGAGCUUGUGGACUUUGCUGUUGCGUGUCGUCUAGACUACGCUGCUAGUCUUGUUGCUGAGUCUGAGUCUGUCUGUCUUCCGUCCGUCGGGGGUGAGUCUGCUCUUGGCACGGACGUCCUUGAGGACAGGCAGGAGGACUUUGAGUGUCUUGCGGCUGCUGUACCUCAUCUCGUGGCCUGGCUGCUUGCACCUGAGGGAGACCUGGAUGCACUGGACAUCCCGACCCCGCGCUCUUACGCAAAGGCGAUCACGGGUCCCUACUCCGCUUAG